CUGUCUUCAAUCUUCUCCAAGGAAUCAUAACUUCUCCACUGGUGUCUGAGGAUAACUGAGUGGUUUGUAGAGGGCAGAGUUUGAGAGACACACUAGAAAAAAUUAAAUCUUCUUGGGGAUCUCUGAGAAAGAGUACCCUCCGAAGUCAGGACAAGUCGGAGCAGCUGAGCAACACUCAUGGCUUCAGGAAUCGUGAUGAACCUACAGGAGGAGGUGACCUGCCCCAUUUGCCUGGAGCUUCUGACAGAACCCCUGAGCCUUGACUGUGGCCACAGCUUCUGCCAAGCCUGCAUUACUGCAAACAACAUGGUGUCCAUGAGUGGCCAAAACGAGGAGAGAAGGUGCCCUGUGUGCAGAAUUAGUUAUGAGCCUGGGAACCUGCGGCCUAAUAGGCAUGUGGCCAACAUAGUACAGAGGCUCAGAGAGAUCAAGUUGAGCCCAGAGGUGGAGCAAGAGAAAAAUCUCUGUCUGCGCCACGGAGAGAAACUCCUGCUCUUCUGUGAGGAGGACAGGGAAGUCAUUUGCUGGCUUUGUGAGCGGGCCCAGGAGCACCGUGGUCACCACACAUUCCUCAUGGAAGAGGUUGCUCAGGACUAUCAGAAGAAACUCCAGGAAGCUCUAGAGAAGCUAAGGGAGAAGCAGCUGGAAGCUGAGGAGUUGGAAGUUAAAGUCAGAGCACAGAUUGCUGCCUGGAAGGAUCAAAUACAACAUGAGAGACAAAAUGUCAAGGCAGUGUUUCAAAAACUGAGAAAGAACCUUAAAUAUGAGGAGGUGAAGGAAAUGCAAAAACUGAAGAGUAAGGAGGAAGUUGGUCUACGUAACCUGGCAGACUCUGAGCGUGUGCUGAUCCAGCAGAGCCAGUUGGUGAGAAAUCUCAUCUCAGAUGUGGACCGUCGUUUGAAAGGAUCAACAAUGGAGAUGCUGCAGGAUGUGAAUGACAUCAUGAAAAGGAGUGAAACCUUAACCCUGAAGAAGCUCAGAACUCUCCCCAAGGGACAAAGGAGAAUGUGUUCAGCUCUUGAUCUGACAGACAUACAGCGAGUGUAUAAUGGGCUGACAGAUGUGCAACGCUACUGGGUUCACGUGUUCCUGAAUCUUCUCGCUAGGACCUUGCCAUUUCUGAGAACCAGAAGCAAUUGAGAUAUGUGUGCAAACCAUAUAUAUAAGAAUGAUGAUUUUGAAG